UCAUGAUAUAUAAUUGACGCUGGUCUGAGAAAUAGUUAUUCAUUUUAGAAUGUUGUACGUAGUUGAAAAAUAUAUUUGCUCUUCGCGACACCGGCUAUAUCACUAAUUAAUGAAAUCACAGUACUGUAAAGAAUUUUUUUGUAGUCAAAACGAGCAUCUACAGGAGUAUGAAGAUUACUGGCGCAUGAAUCGAACCGAUCGCAUUCGCCUGGGCUACACGAAGGAUAAAAUGAUCAUUAAAUGUAAACUGAAUGGAAGGAUGGAUAUGGACGAGGAUCAGUGUUAUAAACACUUCCGCCUGUAUCACAACGCUGAACAUGGGAACUGCUUCACCUUCAAUGCUCAAUGGAAUAUGGCGAAUCACAAAAUGCUUUACGCAUAUGAAUCUGAUAUGUGGAACAAACCAACUGAAUUGUUGCUAGAUUUGGACGUCCAGACGGAAGAAUAUAUAGAUGAUCACAAGACGCCGUCGGUCCUUAUUUAUGUCCACGAUCCAAGAUUUUAUCCUGAUUUCGACUCCGAGGCCGUAAAAGCUAGAGCUGGUCACUUCUACAGCGUUGGAAUGAGAAAAACCACAACAAAACUCCUACCUUUACCGUAUCAAACCAACUGCACAAAGUACAGUGCCAUGCCUUGGGCAAACAGAAACAAAGGGACUCUCACACCAAAGAUGUGUACUCAAGAAUGUUCAAGAUCCCUUCAGUUAAAAGCAUGCAAGUGCGUGUCGUCGAAUCUGACUCUGGUCUUUGAGGAUUCACCGUGUGAAGGGAAGAAAGCAUUCUGCGCAGAAGAUGUGGAGAAGAAUACAAUGGAUUACUGCAGGACACUUUGUCGAGUUCCAUGCGAGAGAAAGACAUUUGAAUCUGCUGUCGAUUCAUCUGUAUGGCCUAGGAAAAAGCAAAUGUUCAACAUCCCAUCCUGGACGAAUAAAAACUUAACUGAAAUUAGGAAGAAUUUAGUAAGAGUGAAGUUAUAUUUACGAACUAUGGAAAUCACAAUGUAUGAACAUCAACCGAAAUAUGAAUUGGUAGAGGUAUUCAGUCACCUCGGAGGCUAUCUGAGCCUGUGGUUGGGUUUCUCCGUACUGGCCUUCUGUGAACUGCUGGAGAUGGUGUCAAUGGUAGUCUUGAGAAUCACGGAUGUCAAGACAUCUUCGUUCCAUUCCACUACAUCGAGGAGACAGUCAAGGAGAAACAGGGUGAGAGACAGAAGUCUCAACAGCACCUACUGAUUUCAGUAAUAUCUAGAUGGCUGAACGGAAGGAUUCGAUCUCUACUGACGUUAUAAGAAUCUUUCAAUUCUUCGAAUGGCCAACAAUAUGCAUU